AUGCCAAGAGGGAAGCACACCUCAGGGAGCCCUCGCGCCACCCGGGAAGCGCCCAGCUCCGCAGCCCCGUCCGCUUCUCCCCGCAGGAGCCGGCGCGCUGGGCGCUGCCGCGGCUGCCGGGCCUCUCCGGCGGGAGCGCAGCGAGCGCGCGCCUGGACCCAGCGCCCGGCGCAGCUGGCGGCGGCCCGGACUUGGUCGCGAGUGUCCCGCCCGGCGCAGUGCUGCUGCUGCGGCGAGCUCGGCGCCCACGAGGCCGGGCUGGGCUGGCGGGGGCUGGGCUGGCCGUGGGGCCGCCCCCCGAGAGGGCUCCUCCUCGCUUCGCUGGGCGGGGAGCGCUUAAAGGGCGAGCCGUCGGCGGAGCCAGCAGCAAAGCGCAGCGGGGAAGCGAUGGGGCGCCGCUGCUGCUGCUGCUGGCGGCUGGGCUGCUUCUCGGCGUGGGCUGCCUGCGCCCUCCUGGCGGGUCUGGCUCUGGAGCAGGGGCAGAAAUGCGGCUCGACUCGGUAUGAGCACGAGGGCAGGUGCUGCGACAAAUGCCCCCCAGGUGAAAGGGUGGCCGCUGACUGUUCCGAGGGGGUGCUGACCCUCUGUGUGCCGUGCAAGGCCCACCACUUCCAGGGCGACUGGACCCAGGAGAAGGAGUGCAUCCCGCACCGCGAUUGUCAUAACAAUCUGGCCGUGCACAUCGCUGGGGACGCCACGCAGAACACCGAGUGCCGGUGCAAGAACGGCACCCACUGCUCCAGCCAGGAGUGCCUGACCUGCCGGAAGAACAACCUCUGCGGCCCGGGCAAAGGGGUCCAGCAGGAAGCCACCAGCACCAGCGACACAGUCUGCGAGGAUUGUCCUCACGGCUACUUCUCCAGCAUCUUGUCUGCCACAGCUCCGUGCCAACCGUGGAGCAGCUGUGAGGCCAGCAGGCUCGUCAAGAAGGCAAACGGAACGCGCGAGUCAGAUGUCGUGUGUGGUGACCUCCCAACCUCAGAAGAAAGGAAGAGAAUUGUGCUGACUGUGGUUUUGAUCUCCUUUGCUGUGCUUGCGGGGAGCAUUGGACUCUUGGUCUGGCAUCGGACUUGCAGGGAGCGGAGGAAGCUGCGUCUGGAUGAGGACCCCCAGGCACUUCCCGCGCAGAAGCCCGCCGAGGUGGACGAAGACGAGUUCUCUGCCUUGCCCGUACAAGAGACGCUGCCCGGAAGCCAGCCGGUGGCCCAGGAGGACGGCAAGGAGAGCCGCCUCGCAGAGCAGGAGCGGCCCUGAAGGGCCUCGGAGUCGGCUGCAAGGCUACGGGGCUGCCUCUCUGCCCGGAUCCUCCGGGCUCCUCUUCCACCAGCGGUGGCCUGUGGCCCCCCCCCCCCGGCUCUCCUGUUCAAAGCCCCCCUGGCCGCUUGCCUCUCUUGGGCAGAGCCGCCUCUUUCCUCAAGUGGCCAGAAAGGCCUGCAGGGAAAGGGAAGGGGGGGGCAGAGGGGAGGCCUCUGGGUGGCCGAGCCCAGCUGCACCAGCACCAGCACCUCUGCUCAAGCCCAGCAAGCCGGGAGCCCAGAAAGACUUGCCAUCUCCGAGGAGCCUCCCUGCUCUUCUCUGCUUCGUCUAGACCUCCUGCCUAUCGCUGGCCAGCCUGUGGCAUCUGUCAAGCAACUGUACAGCUUGGGGGGGGGGGAUCUCUCUGCCCCCCCCCCGCCGAGCAUGCUCUUGGGCCCGGGGGUUGGCUCGCCUCCCUGGGCGCCAGGUGACCUCGCUCCCCAGCCAGUCUGACUGCACCAGUAGCCGCUGGGAUGGUUGGGUGGAGCUCGUUCCAGGGCUGCGCGUGGCCGGCUCUCGGAGGGGCUGGCAAGUGGCACAAGGCAGCCGCGGGGGCGAGAUUCCGAAGGGCUGCCGCUCUGCCGUGGGGCUCUUGCCUCCGGGGCCGUCUCUCCUGCCAGGGCGCCCCCUUGCCAGCUCCGCUGGGUCGCUUCCCUUGGCCUGGUGAGAGUGAGGCUUCUUGUGCACGAGCUUCGUAAUUUCCUUGCCUUCCCCAACGGCAAUUAAUGCAUUUGUGGCUGGCUUGUGCAAGCGCCACCUGCCCGCCCGGCCACACCCAGGUCCCAGAGCUCGCCACGUCUUGCUGCCAUCCCCUCUUGGCAGUAGGGCAGGACGCUGCCUGAACCCCCUAAGUAGGGGUGGGACAUUCAGCCCCUUGGCCAGGAAUUGUCUGGUGCCAAAGGAAGACCCCCCACCCCAGCCCCACAACACCCCCCCCCCACACACAAGCAAGCCAUGUAAGUUGUGUGCUGCCAGAGCAGGUGACCAGUCUAAAACCCACCGUAGUUUUCUAGCUCCUAAUAAAAUGCUGGUCUCCUGACCAAAAAGGAUCAGUGUCCACAGGUGACAACUUCCUUCUUCUUCUUCUGGGAAGAAAAAAAAAAUAGAAUGCAUCUGGCUCUUUCAUUCUACCUUUCUUCUGGCCUGCCUCCUGAUCAGGAGGCUGGUUUCUCAGGGUUGCCACGAGAGUUGGCCACGUAAGAAGCCUGGAGGCUGCUGCUCUUUGUCCUCCAAGAGGAAGUGAGUCAGUGAGUCAGUCUCGGUUCCAGCGGAUCAUGGCCUCUCCCUGAGCUCAUCCCUAUCAGGAAGGAGCCCUUGAGUCCCGCCCUAGUUGAGGGGGACCUGCAAGGAUGGAGAGGCGGCAGCCUCUUGUGCCCACCGUCUGGAAGGGGGAAGUGUGUGUGUGUUUGUGUGUGUGUGUGUGCGCACGCUGCUCUGGUCCCAGCUGCCCCUCCCACUCCGGGUCCAGGCCAGUAGCUGCCUACAACAGUUGAUCGGAUCUGCUUUCCAGGCCUGGGAGGUUCCUCCCGUGCGUGCAAGAAGCAGGGAUGGCCAGAGAGGCUCCAGGGCCCCCCUUGAUGGGCUGGAUGAGGGAGAAUAAACUGUAGCUGAAUCCAGAUAAGACGGAGGUACUUAGUGUGUGGGGUCAGAACUCCAGAGACGAUCUUGAUCUACCUGUUCUAGAUGGGGUCACACUGCCUCAAAAGGAACAGGUUCGCAGUCUGGGAGUACUUCUGGAUCCUCCCUGGUUUCUCAGGUUGAGGCAGUGGCCAGGGGUGCUUUCUAUCAGCUCCGGCUGAUAUGCCAGCUCUGCCUGUUUCUCGAGAUCAAUGACCUCAAAACUGUGGUGCAUCUGUUGGAAACCUCCAGACUUGACUUCUGUAAUGCGCUCUACGUGGGGCUGCCUUUGUACAUAGUCCGGAAACUCCAGUUGGUUCAGAACGCGGCAGCCAGGUUGGUCUCUGGGUCAUCUCGGAGAGACCAUGUUACUCCUUUACUGAUGGAGUUACACUGGCUGCCAGUAGGUUCCUGGACAAAAUAUAAAGUGCUAGUCAUAACUUACAAAGCCCUAAACAGCUUAGGUAUUUAAGAGAGCAUCUUCUUCACUACAAGCCCCACCACCCAUUGAGGUCAUCUGAGGAGGUCCGUUUCCAGUUGCCGCCAACUCGUUUGGUGGCUACACAGAGACGGGCCUUCUCAGUUGCUGCCCCAAGAUUGUGGAAUGCGCUCCCUGCUGAGAUACAAUCCUCCCCAUCUCUGGCAGUUGUCAAAAAACACCUGAAAACCCAUCUUUUCACCCAAGCUUCCUCAGCUUUUUGAAUUUUUUAAGGUUUUAAUCUCUGGUUUAUUUUAAAUUGUUAAAUUGUUUUAAGUUUUUGUAUGUGUUUUUAACUUGUUUUAUGCUAUAGUUAACCGCCCAGAGAGUAAAGUUUGGGGCGGUGUACAAAUUUGAUAAAUAAAUAAAAAAUAAAUAACAGGGAUGCCCCACCUGGGCCAGAGUUCUCCCAUCUGCAUGGCUCUCAACUUCCUCCUUGGCAGCCGUUCGCCAGAUGUGAAUCCCAGGCAGGCGCAGCCGUGAAUCCGCACAGCCUGCAGUCUCUAAAGAGAAAAGCUAGUUGGGCCUGGGGGUGGGGGUGAGGGCUUGGGGAGAGAGAGCGGGUCUGUUUGGCCCGGCCAGACUGGGGGCAGCUGGGCCUGGCCCUCCACACUGGUCCGAGGCGUCCGUCCUUGCUGAGCGCGUCAGACCUGGGGCCGUUGGGGCGGGGGGGGGGGGGGUGUUGCUGGCCAACGGCAGCUGCGGGCCCAAGACGGAGAGCCCCUCGAGGACACGGUCCAGGGAUGACAUCUGGCCUGCAGCUGAGGGGGCCUGUCUGUCCCCAAAGAGCACGGUUGCCUGUUGCUCUCCUCUGUGGACCGCCCUGCGCACAGACUUCUGCCAAGUCAGCCCGCGGCUCCCUGCGGCUCUGCAUGGCCUCUCCUGGCUGGCUGGCAGCAGCGCUCUCAAGGCUCCAGGCAGGAGCCACUCCCAGCCCUUCCUGCGGAGAGGUUGCUGCCAGGGAACGAGCCGCUCCCCUUGUGCAUGCAAAGAGAUGCUCCACCAGCGUGCCGCAGCCUCAUUCCCUCAGGGGAAUACCUUGUAGCAGGCAGUGCUCACGUGUAGUCACCCAUCCAAAUGGCAGCCCCAGGGCAGCCCCAGCUUAGCAAAGGGGGCAAUUCCUUCUUGCUCCCACAAGACAUCGGCCCUUUAGGGAACAGUGACCACAGUGCCAUCCAAUUCGGGAUACACGCGGGGAGGGAAUCAGCAAGGAAAUCUAACACGGACAUUUUGAAUUUCAGAAGAGGAAACUUCUCCAAAAUGAGGAGUAUGGUGAAAGGAAAGCUGAAAGGGAAAGCCAGGAGAGUCACUUCGCUCCAGAGUUCAUGGAGUUUACUCAAAACCACAAUACUAGAAGCCCAGUUAGAUUAUACACCCAAAAGGAGGAAAGAUACCACUAAGUCCAGGAGGAUGUCAGCAUGGCUAAUGGGUACCGUCAAGGAAGCCAUAAAAGGGAAGAAGACUUCCUUCCAAAAUUGGAAGGCCUGUCCAAACGAAGAGAACAGAAAGGAACACAAACUCUGGCAAAAGAAAUGCAAGGCGACAAUAAGGGAGGCGAAAUGAGAGUUUGAGGAACAUUUAGCUAAAAGCAUCAGGGGGAAUAACAAAAACUUCUUUAAAUAUAUCAGAAGCAGGAAACCUGCCAGGGAGGCGUUUGGACCAUUAGACAAUGAGGGAGUGAAAGGGAUUAUUAAGGAGGAUAUGGAGGUUGCAGAGAAGCUGAAUGAGUUCUUUGCGUCCGUCUUCAUGGCAGAGGAUACUGAGCAUAUACCUGUUCCUGAAACAGGCUUUUCGGGAAUGGAGGCUAAAGAAAUGAGUCAGAUAGAAGUGACGAUGUCUGGAAAAACUGAAAACUAACAAAUCGCCAGGGCUGGAUAGCAUCUAUCCAAGUCCUCAAAGAACUCAGAUGUGAAAUUGCUGACUUCCUUGCUAAAAUAUAUAACUUAUCCCUGCAAUUGGGCUCUGUACCAGAGGACUGGAAAGUAGCAAAUGUAACAUCGAUUUUCAAAAAGGGAUCUGGGGCGAUCCAGAAAAUUACAGGCAGAUCUGGCCACAUUUACCCAUGCCUUAGUUACGUCAUGGCUGGAUUACUGUAAUGCACUCUAUGUAGGGCUGCCCUUGAAGAAUAUCCAGAAACUGCAGCUAGUGCAAAAUGCGGCAGCUAGGACUUUAUCUUUUAUUUUAUGCCUGCUGGGAUCACAUUACACCCAUUUUGAAAGAGCUGCACUGGCUGCCAGUUCAUUUCCGGGUCCAAUUCAAGGUGCUGGUUUUGACCUUUAAAGCCCGUAACGGUUUGGGCCGAGGAUACCUGAGGGACCACCUGCUUCCAAGGGUUGCUGCCCGCUUGAUGAGCUCAUCUGAGGGGGCUCUGCUCCGGGUGCCAUCAAUGAGGGAGGCUCGGUUGUCCUGCAUGCGGGACAGGGCCUUCUCUGUUGCUGCCCCCAGACUCUGGAAUGCUCUCCCGGUAGAUAUUUGCUCCUCGGUCUCCAUCACAGCUUUUAGAAAGCAUGUUAAAUCGUGGCUUUUUACUCAGGCUUUUAUUUGAUUGUCUCUUCUGCUCCUCUUUAAACUCUGUAUUACUUUUAUGCUUUUAAAAUUUUUAAUCAGAUUUGUUUUAUAUAUUUUUUGCAUUUUAAAUUUUUAUUGAUUUUACCAUACCUUAACGAUCAGUUACACUUAAUUAAGUAAAUAUUGACUUCCCGCUUA